AUGGGUCAGGCUCCCUCGAAACUAGACGAGAAAGAGGCCGUGGCUGGCUUGAGCCGCAUGAGCCUCGACAAAAAUGCUUAUGUCUUCGUCGAAGACGAAUCUUUGCCACCUCCAUAUGAGGCUGCUGGUGACAGGGUCAACACCAUCUCUCUUGACCAGACAAAGCUCUGGGAAGAAAAGCUUCUGUCUUCACCAAGGAACCGGCUUGCCAUUUCUGCUCUCUCACAAAACCCUAUCUCGGCAAUCCUCACCAACAACGGUGCUGCUGUUGCUGAUACCCAAGUUUUCAACGUUAAGAUUCCUUUUGAGGGCGCGCCUAUUACCAACCAACGAUCUUCUGGGCGAUGUUGGCUGUUUGCUUCUACUAAUGUCUUCCGUGUUGCCAUCAUGAAGAAAUACAACCUUAAAGAAUUCGAGCUUAGCCAGUCUUAUCUCUUUUACUGGGACAAGAUUGAGAAAGCCAAUUGGUUCUUGGAAAAUGCCAUCCAAACUGCCGGGGAAGACCUCGAAGGCCGCUUAGUGAAGGAACUCUUUUCCAGCCCCGUUGGCGAUGGAGGUCAGUGGGACUUUGUGGCCAACCUGGUCAACAAGUACGGCUUGGUGCCGCAAACACUGUACCGGGAUUCGUACAACGCGAAAAAUAGUAGUAAAAUGGGUUCUCUAAUAACCACCAAGUUACGUGAGCAAGCUCUAGUUUUGCGGAAGCUGGUUCUCUCUGGGAAGGCUCAUCUGCUUGCCGCCCACAAAGAUCGCUUCUUACAGGAAAUCCAUACCAUUUUGACGAUCAUGCUGGGACCCCCUCCAAGUCCCGAGAAGGAGUUCACUUGGACCUUUUACGAUGCAGAGAAUAAGUACACCAAGGUUGUCGCCAAGCCCACACAGUUCGCAGCCACAUUGUCAGAUAAACAGACAGUCCGAGCAUGCGGCGGCACAGAUGUCAAUGAGCUUUUCAGCCUGAUCAACGAUCCUCGAAAUGAAUACAAUCGUCUCUUGACUGUCGAUCGACUCGGGAAUGUUGUAGGAGGCCUUCCUGUUCGAUAUGUGAAUGUAGACAUGGAUACGAUGAAAUCUGCCGCUAUCGCUAUGCUCAAAGCGGGAAUCCCUGUAUUCUUUGGCAGUGAUGUUGGCAAGUUUUCUGAUUCGGUUUCCGGCAUCAUGGAUACCGAGUUGUUCGACUUCAACCUUGGCUUCAACGUUAAGUUGGGAUUGACUAAAGAACAGCGUCUGAGAACUGGGGAAUCAGCUAUGACCCAUGCUAUGGUUCUCACAGCGGUGCACAUUGAGAGUGGCAAGCCCGUCCGGUGGAGAGUGCAGAAUUCAUGGGGCGAGAGUCCCGGUGAUAAGGGUUGGUUCGUGAUGACUGAUAAGUGGAUGGAUGAAUUUGUUUACCAAGUCGUUGUCGACCCACGUUUUGUGAGCAAGGAGACACUGGAUGUCUUGAAACAAGACCCUGUCGUGUUGCCUCUGUGGGACCCAAUGGGCGCUUUGGCUUAG